AUGCCAUGGUGCAUUACUGAGGAUCAGGCACCUCAAUCAGAGGCCGCGACGUUGAUCACAUCAAAUAUUGGUUAUCGUGAUCACUCGUUUACUGUUGGAUCAACGCAUCCUAAGCUUCGUCCAGUGACUAGUGAGGAAUUGGCGGCAAGUGGAUUCAAACAAGAUGCUCUAUUGAAGACGUGCAAUGCUAAAGUGAGCACGGCUCAUUUUUCACGUGGUAUUUGUGGCAGUGAGAUAUGUCAGCGGAAGACGGACACCCAUGGCACAUUGCUAAAUGGCAAGAAGAUGGUCGGUUACAUGUUGAAACAAAGACAGGCAGACGGCCGUGUUCUAAGCCAAUUCCAGGGGUUGAGUAAUGGUCGUCGUCGUAUGAUGAGCAAGAUAAUUGAACCAAAUUCCAAGCUUUGCGUUAUUGCCGACAAAUCACCCAGCAUCAGCGGUUGCCGCAACAAUCCCACAACAGUCAUAUGCUGCAAGCUUUUUUCUACAGGAUCAUCUAGUGUUUCGAUACGCAAAUUCCCGUUAAUACGGUGUCAUAAUGCCAAGCUGCACUACGGGUCGACAAAGGCUGUCACUCAUUCUACAUGCUUUGAAAAAAAUUAA